CUUCGCUACCGUGCUCAAACAUCCUUAAAUAGUUUAAUUAGUGUGGAUUAAUAUGUUAUUUAAACAAAUUAAUAAUUUUCAAUGAAAAAUUAAGAUAAUAAUUCCAUUGUCUAUAAAAAAAAAUUAUUUACAAUCGCUGUAUUGUAACACAGAGCUAUCUCAUUAAUUGAAUUUGAAAUUUGAGACAAUCUGAUAAUAUUGAUUGAUGAGUAAUGUUGACAUUUUUUAACGCAUCCAGUAAUGAUAUUAUCUUUGAUAGCUAUGACAAGUGUCGUAUUUCAAGCCUGUGUGCAAAGCUACCUUGUUUCUAUAUCCAGCCAUGUUUUAAUCAUUUGUCAGUCGAAGCGUGCAAGAAUAGUUUCACAGUGCUUUGAUAAAACAUCUCUCACCAAUAUAGUAGCAUAGCCAUUUAAGCGUUAUGCAUUUUAUAUCUACAUUUUUAUUUUUUAUAAUCACCUAUUUAGUAUUGAUUUAUAUUUCAAUAGAGGCAUCGCCAACGAAAUUGCGUAGUAGUCGAGCUGCUGAAACAAGUCAGCUGCCAUUUAAUGAAUCUCCAUACUGGGAAUAUAUUCUCCGCGAGUUUGUAUUCAAGACAAUAUCUUCACUACCUCAAUCUAACAGUAUUCUGUACAAGAAGUUGUUUGAAGCUCCAUUUUACGGUGGACCCCUGUUAACAUUACCUAAUGAAGACAAUGCAUUACUAUCUAGUGGAGAUGUUUAUCAUCUUCCAGAUGGCCGGUGGAUCUUGUGCCAAGAAGGAUGUCAAAAUUGUAAGCUUUGUUUAAACCAAAAAGACUCACUGGUAAAAUGGACACUAAAAAAAGUUAAACGCAAUAAUACAUCUUCUGACUUGUACGGAUUUGACCUUCUAUUGACUGUCGUACCACAAAGAGGUAGUACUACUUUUUUAAACUUUGGUUUUGAAAAUAUUAACAUUCCUUAUGAUAUAAAAUCAUCAACUAAAUCAUCAAAUUUAGAGCUAACAGUUACAGAAGAAACUCAUAUUGACCGAACAAGAUUUAGUCGAUCUUGGCGUAGGAUGCAAAGAGAUCAAACUGGAGACAAUGAUGAGCUCAAUAAAAAUAUAAAUCGAACAGAAGAAUUUGUAUCGGUUGAUAAUUCAACAGCAGCGUCUUCUCUAACCUUAAAAGAUGACAUUAAAAAUUUAACUGAUACUUCACCUACUCAUCAACUAAUUUUGGGUACUGAUCAAUUAGGUAACAAACAUGUAAUUCAUAUUUUAUCAAUGAAUUCAUCAGAAAAAUCAGAUAUUUACAAUGACAUCGACUACCAAUUUAUUAAUAAUGCUGUAAAACUUAGCCAAUCACAUUUAACUGUCCGCAAACCCCCAUCACCCUAUCGACAAUACGUUAAAAAAGUACUAGAUUCUAUUUAUAGUCAUCGACCUAUUGUCGAAAAAUUUUUAUCUUACAAUCAAUUAAAUCAAGAUAAACGUCCUAUAAUAUUGUUUCCAAUUUAUUCCGAAUUAAUGGCCAAUGACACAAACGAUUUCAAAUAACAGAAAAUUUAAAAAAAAAAUUGAUCGUUAAAUUUAACAACCAAUCAUCCUAAAAUUUUAUUACUCAUAUUCAUUUAUAAAAAGUAUUGUAAAAUAUAUAAAUUGUCAU